UACAUAAGUACCCUUACAUCUUAAUGAGUCAUUACAUAAGCCAAGAAGUCUAAUUGCUCUAGAACAUUUAUUCUCUUAACUCGUCUCUCUUUCACUCUAAAAAAUGCCAAAAAUCAUGUGGAAGAGUCUCCAUCUUUGCUUCCCCUCAAAUCUCACCAAAUGCUACUCUUCGCCGUGCCUUCCUCCCUCGGCCGCCGCCGGUGAGGAUGACGAUCCUAGCCGUCCCUCUAUCGUUCUCAUCAACAACUUCAACCUACUCUACCACAAUAAUGACCACAAAAACCACCCUGCCGUUGACUUACCUUCCUCAUCCACCGCCACCACCACCUUCUCCUCUUCAGCCACGUCAUCAUACGAAUCCGAGAGUCACGACAUUUCUCCUGAAUUGUCCGCGGCUUUCGCUUCCCGUCGCUUCUUCUUCUCUUCUCCUGGCCGAUCAAAUGCAAUAACCGACUCACCGGAAACACGGUCAAGAGACCUCUCUGAUAAUAGCGACACUGCCACUAUCAACCCAACAAAGAAAAAGAGCUACGACACUACCGUGAAUACCACGAGGCUUCUAACCGGAGGUUCCGCCGUGAAACAACACGUAUACUCACCGGAUCCGUUAACUGACUUCCGACGAUCAAUGCAGGAGAUGAUUGAUGCCGCCAUUGACGCCGGCGAUCUUAGCCAUCCCGACGACGGUUAUGAUUACUUGAACGAGCUGCUUCUCAGUUAUUUAGCGCUGAAUCCAACCGACAUGCACAAGUUCAUCAUAAGGGCCUUCUCCGACACCAUGGUCUCACUCUUGUCGGAAGAACGUCGGAUGUGAUGACGCAGCCGCCGCCUAGAUUAAAAAAAAUGAUCGUGUAAUAAAUGACCCACGUGAUUUUAUUAAUUAACUCGAUGGACCUAACAUUUUUUUUUACAUUAUCGUCUUCAAGGAAGAGAAACCAUCUCAGAAAACUACUAUCAAAUUUAUCUUUAUUUUCCUUUUUGUAUUUUGUAUGUUUUUAUUUAAAAAAACCUCUGUUUCGUAACAGAGGUAAAUUAAUGUUUUUGCAUGCAUUUACGACCCAAGAUGACCAAAUGUAAUUAUUGUGUAACGAUAUUUGAUUUCAAGAAUUAUUGAGGUGGCGGGUGCAUAUUGCUUUUUUAUUUA